AUUACAAGACUCUGCAGGGUUAGACUGGCCAGGAGGACACAAAUAACUCUCAACGCAAGUUUGAUAAACUAUGACUUUGCCAUUAUAUAUAAUUAUUUUAAUGAUAUUAAAAAGCGUUACCAAACAUAUUUAUAUCAAGAUGUCAAAGACCCAGAAAGAGGACAUGACCUCAGUGUCCUCAAUGGCAGCUCCAGCCAUGCUAAUGAUGGAUGCAUUGAUGAUGGUGAUGAUGAUGAUGAUGAUGAUGAUGAUGAUGAUGAUGAUGAUGAUGAGCACACUUACUCUGCAUCUACUUGACCUAGGUGACCCUCUGAAUGGAAACCAGUUUAUUGUUUAUUGCUGCAACAGCGCCAUCAAGCGACGGCAUUAGAGCAUAACAAUACACGUAAUAUUUAUAACAGUAAUACAGAAAUAUAAACAACGUUAAACAUAGGAUAAAAUAGUAGAUGAAUUAUAAAUGAUAUUACAUUAACACAAUCCUUAACUUGCUUUAUAAUCUCAGCUAGAGGUCAACCAGCUGAAACCAUGAAUGGAGCGUGUUUGCUUUAUUUUACGCGCCAUAAAUCACAUUCAAAUAAGAACAAAGAGCUUUUAAAUCCUACAAAGAACCAUCCACCAGCCUAAAUAAAGAGUUGCUGAAGUGGUGACAGCUCUGUUCCUCCUGUUAGUCCACCAGCCUGUACCCUCUCCGCCCUUCGAGGAUCAAUUAACGCGUAAUCCACAGAGCCUUAAUUGGACGGAUUUACGCACGACACGUUUAAACAUCGACAGACAUUUGACGAGGAAAGCUGCGCUAACUGAGAGGAAGAAAGGGAGAAUAUAGCCAGAGAGGGUGGAGGGGGGACAGUUGGAGAGAGGGAGAGAGAUUUUCAGAGAGAGAGGGAGAGAGAGAGCAUUGGUUGGGAUUAGGUCCGUGCUGCAGGUUGGACGGGAUUACAGAGCGCAGCGUAGUUCAGCAGUUCCGGUGCUGCUGCUGCCGCUGCCGCGUCCUGCUAUGGACAACUGACCCGACACCUGCGACCUUUCACCCGCGCAGAGCAAACCCCACCGAUCCCUGGUGACACAGCUGCUGCAUGGAAACAUGGCCGACGUCCCUCAGAUCGUCAAAAUCGGGAUCUCUAUGAAGAUGCUUCCCAACAACAGCGCGGUGCACUUCAAGUCCGACGGCGCCAGGUUCGGACAGACCCGGACCAUCAAGCUGCUGACCGGCUCCAAGUACAAGAUCGAGGUGGUCAUCAGACCGGGAGCUGCCGAGGCCACGUCGAUGACCGUGGGCGGAGUCACCUUCCCCCUGGAGCAGCAGUCUAAAGACCCGCAGUCGGUGGUCUACACGGGCCAGUACGACACCGAGGGGGUGGCGCACACUAAGAGUGGAGAGAGGCAACCGGUUCAAAUCAGCAUACAGUUCACAGAGGUGGGGCUGUUUGAGACGGUGUGGCAGGUGAAGUACUACAACUACAACAAGAGGGACCACUGCCAGUGGGGGAACAGCUUCAACAGCAUCGAGUACGAGUGCAAACCCAACGACACGCGCACGCUCAUGUGGAUCAACAAGGAGAUGUUUGUCUGAUGGAGGAGCGGCGUUGGAUAUAUUCAGGUGUACUCUGCAAAAAAAAAAAAAAGAAAGAAAGAAACACAAGGUGACGUUUCCAAUCGCAGUCUGUCAAGGUGAAAUUAAGACAUUUUUCUUUUUGUCGGUAAAAGGAUUUAUUUGUUCUCUGAUAUCAGAAAAUCUAAAGCUGGUUGUGGAGGAAAACAUGCAUCAGAUUUACUGCCAGUGAAAAUCACAGUAAUAUAUAUUUAUGGCAGAAUAUUUAAAUUGCAGAGAGGUUUCGAUGAUUUUGUUUGUUUCUGAUUAAACAAAUGCGUCAAAAUCAAUUUAUCAUACUCAGGUGUGAAGUGGAACAUGUGGCACGUCUCCACAACCUGCUGUCGACAUAAAAUCUGUUUUUAUUUUAUGGAUUUAAUGACGUAAAUGUUUUCUUCGUGGCAUCUGGUGACCCAUUAAGUGUGUUCAGACUUACGUAAUGCACAGUACUGUAUACGUGUGAGUGUGUUUCUUUGUACAGAUGUGUUUAUCUGUGUUGUGUACUUUAAAAGCUUUGUCUGUGUGUGAGGAGUUUCACUCCAAAAUGACCAUCAGACAUUGUCACGAAAUUCACGUCAUGUCAAAAACAGUUGCUGGCAAUUUCAGGAUGAGUUCACCCAGAAAUGAAGAUUAAGUCGGGAUCAACAGGAACAAAACUCAUUACUGCAUAACAAUGUUAUGUGUUGAAAACUUGUAUCUUGGAGGAAACGUGUGUGAUCUGAACAGAGACAAGCGAUGGGGGUGAAGUGGCUGAAGUGAACUUGCCAUCGCUUCACCACCGUGAUAAAUAAAAAAAAAAAGGGCCCGUGGUGUUUUGGAGAGAACUCUCUGUGUAGCUGUGUGUCUGUAAGAAGUAGGACUUUUGUAUUUGGGGUGAAGUUGUGCUCCUGUUUGUUUUCUUUCUCUACCUCUUCCAAAGGACUUAGCCAUGAAUAUUUGUGUUUAUUAAGGCAAAAACGAUGUAUUUGGAACGUAACACAACCUGUUGAUGACGGAUCUUAUAAUAUUUUUUUUCUAUUUAUUGUGGUAAAUCAUAAUAUUUUCAAACAAAAAAAAUAGUAUUUUUGUACAGUGAACCUUUGGAAAAUGUUUUCAUAAUUUUGUGUGUGUAUUUUUUGGUAGAAGUUGACAUUUUGAAUUGAACUAUGCAAGAAUUCAGACGUAUAAGACAACAAUGAAACGGUGCAAUAUAGUGUUGAGAUGUUACAUAUCACUCUGACCUUUUAUGUGAAGGUGUCGUUUGUUUAUGAUGUGAUUAA